AAGAAUGCUGGUUAGCGAGCGGAAUACAGUGUGAGAUCGGAGCCCAAUGGAUAAAGAGCUAUCACACCGACAAGUUUCUCUUAUCGCUUUCCCUCGAAAUCUCUAAGCUUCGCUGAUAAUACUUCCGACCGGAAGUAUUCGCGAUCUCGCGCCGAAUCGCUACCAAUCGGAUAGUCCUUGUGAUAGCAAUGAGUUUCAAUCCCUUGAGAUGGAAAACGAGAACGAUUUUGCACAGUAUUCUAGGCGUAUUGCUUCUUUACACGCUAUUUGUUUAUAAGAAGAAACAUCAAGUGAUGUUCGAAGGCACCAUAAAUAACUCGGAUCCCAAACUCGUGUGGGAAUUCGUAGCUGAUUUUAGCAACAUGAAAAAACUGAAUCCAACGAUUGAGGAUUUUAGCGUGAUCGACGAAGGCGGGAAUUACGAUCACUGGAAAUACUCGGUGCGAUACACGGAGCAUUUAAGUCAUCUGCCGAUGAUCCGUAAUGUAGCGCACGGGCACUAUGCCGUCAAGCCGGAUGACAAUGGCUACGUCAUCAGUUCCAGACAUUUGACUUGCUUCUUCUCCAAUUUCGGUUGUUUGGAGUCUAUUUCGCAAUUCAGAUUCGAUGCGGAUGGUAUGAAGGACACAAAAUGUAUCGAAACCGUGCAAUACGAAUGCCCGAUCGCAUUUUCGCCGCUGUGUCGCAGAGAAGUCAUGUAUCAACGACAAGAAAUUCUGAAGAGGCUGAAAUUGGAGUUUGCUGUCACUAACAGGAAGGAAAAUUAAAAACAUUACUGCGCACGAAAUGUUAUGCAUGUUACUUACAGUUUAUGGAAUUCUCUUUUUUUAAUAAAAUAAUGCGUUAUUUUUAAUUGUA